CCUCUGAUUUGUCUAGUCGGUCUUCGUCAGGAAUAGCAGAAAUUGUCUCUGGUGAAUUCGAGGUAAAUUCUCGCAAGUUCAUCUUCGCCUCCGAGAAUAUCAUUUUGGCUUGAUUGCAUUUCCUGAUUAAUUCUUCUGGAGAACUUGCUCCUAAAUGAAGGUUGUCCACAUAAAGGCUACUAGAUAAUUCAGUAGCAGUAGUCGUGCCGUAUUUCUCUAGAUGGUGACGUAUUACUCCCGCCAGAAGGUAAGGGGAGCAAAUAACGCCAAAGGCAACUCUCGCAAAACGAUAAACUUGUAUAUUGUCGUUAGAUGGUGGCUUAUCCGGAUCCUUCAGCCAAAGGAAUUUGGCUACUUCCCGGUCUUCUUCGUGUAGGCCUACCAUAAGGAAAGCUGCCUCCAAGUCAGCAAUCGCCACAAAUUUUGGUAGGCGAAAUCUGAGGAGCAAUCCUACUAAUUCUGGUAGGAGCAC